CUUUUGAUAUAGGUUUUCUUUAUUUAAAAAAAAAAAAAUUUACUUAUGUUUGAUAAAAUACUUCUAGAGUGGCAGAAAUCAAUAGCUCACUAAUAACUGUGGUAAAAAAGAAAAAAAAAAUAUGUUUGGCUUUUUUAUAAAUGGCUUUGAGAAAUUUAUUACAUCCAAAUAUGGGGAAGAUUGUUGGGUGAAUAUAAGAAUGGAGGCUGGUGUUUUUGAAGAUAGCUUUGAUGAAAAAAUGGUCUAUGAUGAUAAUAUGAUUUUUGAAAUUAUUGAUGCUGCUUGUGAAAUAUUAGAUUUGGAAGAAGAAGAAUUGCAUGAAGAGUUCGGAGAAUGUUAUUUCUCUUAUUGUUUAGCUUCUAGUCAUGGCAAACUCCUAAAAGCUCUGGGUGGUAGUCUUUAUGACUUUUUAUCCAAUAUUGAUUCUCUGCAUGAUCAUUUGUGCGCAUCCUAUGCAGGCAUUAAGAUUCCGACCUUUCGUGUAAAACCUGAUGCAAGCAGCCGCAGUAUUAGUGUUAAUUAUUAUAGUGAUAGGAAUGACUUUGAAUAUGUUACGAAAGGAAUAAUUAAAGCAGCAGCAAAAAUUUUAUUUAAACUUGAAGUUGAUAUUGAAACUGUUUAUGAUGCUGAUAGCAUCAAGUUUUUAAUAACCACCAACGAUUUUGAUGAAUGUCAUCUUAUGUUUCCCAAGUUAAUUGAAUCAUCCAGAGAUUUGAUACCACGUGCGAAUGAGGCAAAAGUUUCGCCCUUUGAGUUUUCUAAAGUAUUUCCAUUUCAUAUGCUGUUUGACCGGAACAUGACGUUGUUGCAAGUUGGAUCAACUUUAAAACGGAUAUUAAAAGAUAUUAAUACAACUAAAGAUGCAAAGAUUACAAGUUUCUUUCAAUUGACAAGGCCUCAAAUUAAAUUUGAUUUUGAAUCUAUAUACUCACGAAUCAAUAAUGCAUUUGUAUUGACUUUUCAGAACAAUGUAGUGAAGCAAUCUGUUGCUACACUUCAAGCAAAUAAUGAAAUAAAUACUCGCAGAGCUAAUCUUCGUUUGAAAGGAGAGAUGAUUUACCUAGAGGAGAGAGAUCAAAUGUUAUAUUUGUGCUCUCCUAGUGUUAGUAACAUAGAAGACAUGAGAAAUAAAGGAUUGUGUUUAAGUGACAUACCUAUACAUGAUGCCACACGAGAUCUAGUUUUAUUAUCAGAAAAUUUACAGAAACAACGCGAACUAAUGCAACAGCUUCAUAUUGUCAGUGAUCACCUUUUUAAAAUCAAUACAGAACUUGAAGAAGAAAUGCAUUUAUAUGAUAGACUUCUGUUUUCUGUGUUGCCACCAUCUAUUGCAAAAGAUUUGCAAGAAUCUCGACCAGUUUCAACUGAAAGAUUUUCUUCUGUCACAUUAAUGUUCAGUGGGAUUGUUAAUUUUUCAGAUUUAUGUGAAGAAAUGGAGUGUUUAGACAUAGUUAACAUGUUAAACUCUUUAUAUGUGAAGUUUGAUACACUGGUAGAUUUCAUGACCAGCUAUGUUUACAAGGUAGAAACAGUUGGAGAUAAAUAUAUGACAGCUAGUGGACUUCCUGAAAGAUGUUCGAACCAUCCUCAAGUGAUAUGUACUCUUGCUUUAGAUAUGCUGGAUGUCAGCAAAGAGAUUAGAAUUAAAGAAAAAAGGAUUCAGGUAACUUUUGGUAUACAUUCAGGUGAAGUAGUUGCUGGAGUAAUUGGUCAGCGUACACCACGGUAUUGUUUAUUUGGCAAUGCUGUAAAUUUAACAAGUCGAACAGAGUCUACAGGCAUUAAAGGAAAAAUUAAUGUAACAGAAGAGACUUACAAACUUUUGCAACAAGCUGGCACACUUGAUAUGUACGAUUUUGAAAGACGUGGCCAAGUUUCAAUGAAAGGAAAGUCUGAACCAAUGACAACCUAUAUUCUAUCUCGUCAGGAAUGUCUUGGAUCCAAUAACCCUAUGGUGUUUAUGGUAGAAUCAGCUUCAAUGCAGUCUUCUUCAUCAUUAUUAACAUCAUCAGGUGCUGGUGGAGGUGCCUUUACUUUAAAUCGAACUGGUGUAACUAGUGGACGAAAAAGUCGUAACUCCUCAGUAAUUUCUUCACGUUUUAAUACUCCAGGCGUUAGUAGAACUGUUAGUCGUUUUGCUACUCCUUUUCGAAGUCGCUGUAAUUCUGCUAUGUCAAGCGUUGCAAACUUAAAUCCAAAUCAUUUGCCAUCUCCUGCAAAUUCAGAGUUUGAAUUUGAUGAAGAAGUUGGUUUUCCAUCUUUUGGAUCAAACUCUUCACAUCUUUCAGUUCCUCACUCUCUUUGUUUAAGUCCACAAAUAAGGAGCCCAAGAAUGAGAUCUCAGAAUAUUGACACUACUUUGCAAGAAUAAACAAUUUGUCAAAUUAUAAUAAAAGCUGUUAAAGCA